AUGGGCUUUACAACGGGCUUUAAUACUAACCAGAUAUUUGAACAGCUGGGCGGCGCAACACUAACCUACUCCCUUCUCUACAUCUCUCUAUACAUCCACCGCGCAAACCGUAAUGUUCAACGCACCCUUUUGUCCCAACAAGCCACCCUGUUAAACUCCGUUGUGGACCCCGCACCCCCCUUGCCCGAACCCCCGGCAUACGAAGUCCGUCGAGCCGGAUUAGUAGAAGAGCUCAAGGACAGGUGGAAUAGGGAGGUGGAGAGGUUAGUGAAGAAUGUCGAGGACACUGACUGGUCGGGCGUGCGGGAAGAGGUCGAAGAGAAGGUGGGCAAUGUCUGGGCGAGAAUGAGGAAUUCGCAGACUGGCAAGGAGGUUGAGGACAAGGUGAAGGAGGUGGUGGAUGCUGGAAAGGAGAAGGUGGACGAGAUGGUGGGUGCGGGAAAGCAGAAAGUCAAGGAGGAGACGGCACAGGAACCGACGAGGCUGUUGGAGUUGAAGUGA